UCCUCGUGCGCGUUCCCCGUGCGCGUGCGGAAGGAGCUCUUCUAGGGUGGAAGAUGGCGAAUGUUUGGAGUGAGGAGACUAACUGCAGAAGCUGAUAAAGGGAAUCAAAAGACAGCGAUCAGAAAACAGAAAAACGGGAAAGGGAGGACACAGAUACAACGGCAGACAGCAUGUCCAGGUCCUCUGGCAGCGAGGACGGUUGCUUCGUUGACAUGGACACCGAAGAUGGUGGCCCCACGCUGCCAGGUCCUACUGAGGGCCAGGCUGUGGAAAUGAAAUCAGGCGGCGUCACUGGAGACCCGAAUUCGGACAGCUCCCAGCUGCCAGGGAGAAGCAGGCAAAGAGUCAUGGGGCAGCUGCCAGAGGAGGUGCUUGAGUAUAUCCUGUCUUUCCUGUCUCCUUAUCAGGAGCAUAAGACUGCUGCCCUGGUGUGCAAGCAGUGGUAUCGCCUCAUCAAAGGUGUGGCACAUCAGUGUUACCAUGGAUUCCUGAAGGCAGUGCAGGAAGGAAAUAUCCAGUGGGAGAGUCGCACCUAUCCAUAUCCUGGCACGCCCAUCACCCAGCGCUUUUCCCACAGUGCAUGUUACUAUGAUUCUAACCAGUCCAUGUACGUGUUUGGAGGCUGCACGCAGAGCAGCUGCAACGCUGCCUUUAACGACCUGUGGAGGCUUGACCUGAAUAGCAAGGAGUGGAUACGCCCGCUGGCAUCAGGGUCCUAUCCGUCCCCCAAAGCAGGGGCCACACUGGUGAUGUUCAGAGAUCUACUGGUGCUGUUUGGGGGCUGGACUCGGCCCAGCCCGUACCCUCUCCACCAACCGGAGCGCUUCUUUGACGAGAUCCACACAUACUCACCCUCCAAAAACUGGUGGAACUGCAUCGUUACGACCCAUGGCCCUCCUCCCAUGGCUGGCCAUUCUUCUUCCGUCAUCAAUAACACUAUGGUGGUGUUUGGAGGAUCACUCGGAGCUCGGCAAAUGAGUAACGAGGUGUGGGUUCUGGAUCUGGAGCAGUGGUCCUGGUCUAAGCCCACAAUCACAGGCCCCUCCCCUCACCCACGUGGUGGUCAAUCGCAGAUUGUCAUAGACAAGGAGACCCUGCUCAUCCUUGGUGGCUGUGGGGGACCUAACGCACUGUUAAAGGAUGCCUGGCUCCUGCAUAUGGGCUCCCCCACGUGGACAUGGCAGCAACUGCGAGUGGAGAAUGAAGAGCAUGGAGCUCCUGAACUCUGGUGCCACCCAGCUUGCAAGGUGGGGCAAUGUGUGGUGGUCUUCUCCCAAGCCCCUUCCGGUCGAGCUCCCUUGAGCCCCAGCCUUAACUCCCGCCCCUCCCCUAUCAGUGCAACACCCGCUCCACUGGGCCCGGAUCCACCCUCUCUGCGCUCCCAGUCGCCUGUGCGCAGUGGUGCUGCUGGUGUUAUACUGGGUUCGAUCGAAGAAGCACCCUGCGUUAAUGGGCGAUGGGGAACACUCCGUCCGCGUCCAUCAGCAGCCAGAGGCGGAGCCAGAGAUGGAAGCCCCUCCUCCUCGCAGCAACCCUCUCCGUCACAGGGCCCAGAUAGCCCGCCCCUUCACUCCCUCCCCCCGCUGCUCAACGGCUCCUCCCCCUCACCCCGCACUAGCCCCUCCCAGGCUGCUUCCCCACCUUCUCGUCCACACAGCCAUGCCCACAUACCCACCGACUAUGGCUGGGAAUCCCCACCUCCUUCUUCAUCAACUUUCCCCUCUUCCUCUGUAGCUCCUCCUCAUGAGCAGCCCAGCACAAACGGCCUGCACACACCCCCUCCUCCCGCCUCGCCUCGAACACCUCCCGGUGCCGUGUCUCCUGCUGCUCUGCGCCGAGGCCUCGAGGCUGUCAAAGCCCUGUCUGCUUCUACUUCAUCCUCCCUGCCCUCCUCUUCCUCUGCAAACCAACCCGGUGGAGGUUCUGCCUCCAGUAGCACUCCUCCCGCCCCUUCCUCUGCCUCCUCCAGUCCGCCGCAGGCCGCAGCCACCGAUGGACACUCCAUCCCACCAAUCGCGCGCCGGCUAGGCCACCACCCACCCCAGAGCCUGAAUGUGGGCAAGCCGCUGUACCAGUCACUCAACUGCAAGCCCAUGCAGAUGUACGUGCUGGACAUUUCUCGCUCCAAGGCAGAUGGCGUAGUCUCGUGGAGGGUGUACGGCAGCAGCACCCCCGCCGCUGUCACGGGGCCGCCCGAAACGAGCCUCCACACAGUGGUGCAGGGUCGGGGUGAGCUCAUCAUCUUCGGAGGGCUGAUGGACAAAAAGCAGAAUGUGAAGUACUACCCUAAAACCAACGCCUUGUACUUCGUACGGGCAAAAAGGUAAUGAGGAAAAGGCGGGGUCAGUGUGAGCGGUUCGUGUCGUCCAGUUUUGGAGAGGUCCUGCAAUCUGGCCUACAUGUAUGCAGACUGAAGCUGAGACCUGCCUUCUGCUGUGGAAAGGGAGCAGGAGAAGGAGUGAGAGAGGAAGCAUAUCGAAACAAGCCUGUCACUAAUAGCUGCCAUCUGUGUCUUUCCCCACACUAAUUCUGUUAUGGCAGUUUGCAAAAUAAGAAAAACCCACACAUUUCAACACGCAUACUAGACUCGCAGUGAUGACGCAUUGUUGGAUGACUGACUGGUUUCUCCUGAACUUGACUCCUUCUGAGCGUGUGUCUGUUUGUCUGUGUCUAUGUCUCUGUGUGAGAUUGGAGAGGAGAGAAAUUGAAGAGAUUGUUCCUAUGUGUUUUGCAGUCGUGUUACUGUGUCAUUGAGCAGACAGAAUGCGACGGCAAACAGGAGGUUGAGGGAUCAGAACAACUACCUUGCUUUUAUAUCUCACUUCCUGCCUGCAUUGUUUACAUAAAAAAAUGAAUUUGUGUGUGUGUGUGUGUUUAAGGGAGGAAGGGAGUAAGUCCCUGCAUGCGUCUGAAUUUGAUGUGUGUGUGUGUGUCUGUUUGUUUGUUUGAAGAAGGAAGGGAGUGAGUCCCUGCAUGUGUCUGUGAAUGAAUUUGUGUGGGUGUGUUUGCCUUUGUGAGAGAAUGCCACUGUGUGGUGAUUGCUGUUUGGUAGGUACAGACAGGGAGGGGAGGGGGCUCUGUUGCUGUGUACUCUAAGCAAAUUAAAACAAUAAAGGCCUUCAUGUCUUAA